AACAUAAUGAUGCACAUAUGCCAAAAAGCCCUUGGCUUCCUUUGAGCUUAUUAGCAAUAUCAAACAGCCUUCCAGUGGACUUUCUUGCUAGUUGGGCUUUGAGGGUAGUGGGCUGAAUUUAUGGGCUCACCAAAUCAGUCACUUACACAUGAAUCAGCAAANAGGGCUUGCCUUCAUUCCCACUCUCACCCACUCCAAUGCAAAGCUCUUGAGCUUUGCUUCAAUGUCGCCCUCAACCGUCUCCCAACCUCUUCUUCGAAUCCCAUUUUGGGCCCCCAUUCUCACCUCCCUUCCCUCUCCAACGCCCUUGUCGCCGCCUUUAAGCGUGCUCAGGCCCAUCAAAGGAGAGGGUCCAUUGAGAACCAGCAGCAGCCCAUUCUUGCACUCAAAGUUGAAGUUGAGCAGCUGGUGAUCUCCAUUCUUGAUGAUCCCAGUGUGAGUCGAGUGAUGAGGGAAGCCGGGUUUUCCAGUAGCCAGGUUAAAACGAACGUCGAACAAGCGGUUUCGCUUGAGAUCAAGGAAGGGGUGGCAUCAAAGCCAGUAGUCCUAGGAAACAUCACCGGCGUCUCUCAACACCAUCAUCAGCAGCAGCAGAUGAGGUUCCCACAAAUUGGGGAUCGUGCAGUCGUCAAGAACGAAGAUGUGAUGAGUGUUGUGGAGGCUAUGAUGAGCAAGAAGAGGAGAAACACAGUGAUUGUUGGGGAGUGUUUGGCCACAGCUGAAGGGGUAGUCAAGGGAGUCAUAGAAAAGAUCAGCAAGGGGGAAGUGCAGAGAGAGGACAUGAGGCACGUACAGUUCAUAAGCGUUCCGGUUUUGACCCUGAAAAACAUGUCAAGGGAUGAAUUUGAGCUAAAGAUUGGAGAGCUCAGGGCAUUAGUGAAAAGCUACAUAAGCAGAGGGGUGGUUCUGUAUUUAGGUGAUCUUAAGUGGGUUUCUGAGUUCUGGUCAAAAUAUGCUGACCAAAACACUCACUACUGCUACUCCCCAGUGGAGCACCUGAUAAUGGAGCUCAGCAGAUUGUUAUGUGGUGGUGUUGGGGAAAAUGGGAGACUUUGGCUAAUGGGCAUUGCCACUUUCCAGACAUACAUAAAGUGCAAAACUGGCCAUCCCUCUCUUGAGAAUCUUUGGUCCCUUCAUCCCCUCACAAUCCCCGUUGGCAGUUUGGCUCUUAGUCUCAAGCCCGACAGUGAUUGGCAUGGUGAAUUUGGAAGCAAGGCAUCAGCAGCAGCAGCAGGGGUAGAAGGAUCAAGCAGGUGCUGGUUAAUGAGCAGCAAAAACCAAAGUGGUGCUGAGAAGAAUCUCACAUGCUGUACAGAUUGCAUGUCAAACUUCAACAAAGAUGUUAGAAACAUGGCCUCUGCUGCUGUUAAGGCUGAGCCAACCACCCCAACUUGUUUGCCCUCAUGGCUCCAAAAGUGCAAAGAGGAGACAACCACCACUACACAAACCACCAAUCAUCUGCAGGAUGGUGACAAGAUUAGUGAUCUAUGCACUAAAUGGAACUCAAUAUGCAGCUCAGUUCACAAGCACCCACUCUUCCCUGAAAAGAUUUUGAGCCUCUCUCCAUCUCCAUGUUCCUCCACUUCCGUGUCUUCGUCCAACGAAAAAAGAAGCUCCAAGUUACACCAAAGCUUGCUUCAAUGGCCAGUUGUCUUUGAAGCAGACCAGUCACCGAGAGAGCACCAAUUCUUUGCGUCCCAAAACGGAUCGGUGGGUACAAAGCCGGACUUGUUAUCCAACCCGAAUUCUAGCCCUAACUCGGCUUCCUCUAGCGAAGCGAGUGGGGACCAUCUCCUCCCCAUGGAGUACUUGAACAAGUUCAAUGAAGUGAGUUCGGAGAACAUGAACGUUCUUCGCAAGGCAUUGGAGAAGAGAGUUCCCUGGCAAAGGGAGGGCGCGAUCCCGGAAAUCGUCAGCACGGUCCUCAAGUGUAGGUCAGGGUUGGUGAAGAGGAAAGGGAAACAAGAGACCUGGAUGUGCUUCUUAGGUGCUGAUUCACAAGGGAAAGAGAGGGUUGCAAGGGAGCUAGCUAAGGUUGUGUUUGGUUCUGAGGAUAGCUUUAUCUCCAUUGGGAUUAGUAGCUUCUCAUUGUCGCCGAGGGAGGGGUCCACGGCAGCAGCAGAGGAGGAAGUGAUCAGUAACAAAAAAAGGGGGAGAGAUGAGGAAGGGAGAAGCUAUCUCGAGAGGUUCUUGGAGGCGGUUCGCGAAAACCCUAGCCGGGUUUUCUUCAUGGAGGACAUUGAUCAUGUUGAUUAUCAUUCCCAAAAGGGCAUCAAGAAUCUCAUUGAGAAUGGGAGCUUUAGACUAUCCCAUGGCGGUGGUGAUGAUGAUGGAGAAAUGGUGAGGAUGAAGGACGCAAUCGUCAUUUUCAACUCCGAGAGCCUCGGCGAUGCCUCGAGGGCUCCUUCUCCUCCUACCCCUCCCAUGGUUGCGCCGAAAUGCGACAAAUUCCAACCGUCCAUUUCUCUUGAUCUGAACAUCGCCAGUGAUUUCGAUCACGCCGAGGAACGCCAAGUGGGAAUUCUUGAAGUGGUAGACAAACAAGUUGAGUUCAAAAUCCAGGUCUUGUAAUCAUGUGGUUGAGGAGGGAAUCCAAAAUCCCAAAUCAAGUUUAAAUUUAAUUUCCUUUUCAAUUUUGUGGUUAUAAUUUUAUUUCUUUCCCUGUCAUUUUUUCUUUGUUUUUUUAAUUUAGUGUUUUAAAAAAAAGAAAGGGAGAAGGGGGGUAAAGUUAAAAUUAUCUGACAGGUCCCAUAGAUUUAGAUGGAGUUGGCAUGGAAGAAGUAGAAUGAAAUGUACAUUUGAAC